AUGACCACGACGAAUACAGACAAUGCUCAAUUGGGCGAAGUUGAGUUUUGUACAUUGGGGAUGUUCAUUUUAGAUGAUAUUGAGUUUGGGGGUACCAGACCAGAUGUCAAAAAUGCUCUUGGAGGAGCUGCCUCCUUCGCGGUCAUAGGAGCCCGUUUGGUUGCAGGAUCAGAGCAUGGCCGGUCUGUGAGUUGGAUAGUGGAUGUGGGUUCAGACUUUCCACAAGAAACUCUCCAAGCGAUCAAAUCAUGGGGAACAGACUGUGUGAUCAGAGAAGACCACAGUAGGCUUACCACAAGAGCAUGGAAUGGAUACCACCCGGACGAGAAACGAGACUUCAAAUACCUCACUCCAAAACUGAGAUUGGAGCCCCAUAUGCUAUCAGACACACAGGUGUGGUCUCGCACCUUUCAUAUGGUUUGCUCUCCAGCACGUUGCAUCUCCAUUGUAAAUGAUAUCCUUCAACGACGACAGAAACUGCAUCAAGCGGGCCAAGCACCGAAUACUGAACAUGCUUUGGAACGUCCCAUUUUCGUUUGGGAGCCUGUACCUGAUCUUUGCACUCCCGAAGAACAAGAAAAAUUCUUUGCUGCAAACAAGGUUGUAGAUGUGGUCAGUCCUAAUCAUCUCGAGUUAGGGAUGAUGUUUGAUCAGCCUGGAUGGACCCAAGAGAGCGAUAACAGCCAAAAGCUGGUUCAGACGAUUCUUGAUACCGGAGUUGGUGUUAAUGGCGAUGGGUGUAUCGUCAUUCGAGCAGGCAAGGAAGGGAGCUACGCUUACACAAGGGCCCAGCGAGUCUGGCUUCCCGCCUACCAUCAACCUGGUACUCUGGGUGCUACAGCAGUGGUUGACCCUACCGGCGCGGGCAAUUCUUUCCUUGGUGCAUUGGCCCAGGGAAUGAUAACAGCAGGCCGGGAGCCUUUCGACAUCAUUGACUCUACUAUGUCAGGCUCGAGCAACUGGGAGCAAGCUAUGGACUCCUGGGGCCAUGGUCGCAAUCUGUUAGGCGCACUUAUCUGCGCAACAAUCGCUGCCGGCUUUGUAGUGGAACAGAUCGGUGUGCCCGAGAAAACCGUGGAAAAUGGGAAAGAACUUUGGAAUCAAACUGAAUUCACGGAACGGGUCCGCCUAUACAUGCAGCGAUUAUACAAGACAUUUGAAGAGUCUCCCCAGAGACACCUGUUGGCCAAUUGA